AGGCUCGGAGGGGGCUGCGGGGAUCAUGCCGGGGGGGCUGCGCCUCGGCAUCGCUUUCGCCGCGGACGCAUCGCCCUCCAUGGAGCCCGGACUUUCUCUACAAUGACUUUCCCCGAGCUGAGCAAUGCCAGCUUGAGUGGGAACCGGACGGGGCAGAGCGGUGCCAACCAGUCCUGGGGGCUGCAAGGCCAGGACCCCUCCGAGGGCAAUGGGACCACGCUGACUUUCGCCUUGGACGUGCAGGCGGUGGGCGUCGGGGUGUUCCUGGCCGCCUUCAUCCUCUCGGCCAUCGUGGGGAACAUCCUAGUCAUCCUCUCGGUGGCUUGCAACCGGCACUUGCAGACGGUCACCAACUACUUCAUCGUCAACCUGGCCAUCGCCGACCUGCUGCUCAGCACCACGGUGCUGCCCUUCUCGGCCACCCUGGAGGUGCUGGGCUUCUGGGUGUUCGGGCGCAUCUUCUGCAACAUCUGGGCAGCGGUGGACGUGCUGUGCUGCUCCGCCUCUAUCAUGAGCCUGUGCAUCAUCUCUGUGGACAGGUACAUUGGCGUCAAGUACUCUCUCAAGUACCCCACCAUCAUGACAGAGAGGAAGGCCGGGGUCAUCCUCGUGGUGGUCUGGCUGUCCUCCAUGGUCAUCUCCAUCGGGCCGCUGCUGGGAUGGAAGGAGCCACCACCGCCAGACGAAAGCAUCUGUAGCAUCACAGAGGAGCCGGGUUAUGCCCUGUUCUCCUCCCUCUUCUCCUUCUACCUGCCCCUCAUGGUCAUCCUGGUGAUGUACUUCAGGAUCUACGUGGUGGCCAGGCGGACCACCCGGAGCUUGGAGGCAGGGGUCAAGAAGGAGAGGAAUAAAUCCAUGGAGGUGGUGCUGCGCAUCCACUGCCGGAGUGUGCUGGAGGAGCCUCUCUCCAGCACCCGGAGCAAGGGGCACAACUUCAGGAGCUCCCUCUCCGUGCGGCUCCUCAAGUUCUCCCGCGAGAAAAAAGCAGCCAAGACUCUAGCCAUCGUCGUGGGCGUUUUCAUCCUCUGCUGGUUCCCCUUCUUCUUCGUCCUGCCUUUCGGUUCUUUCUUCCCAUCGCUGAAGCCCUCAGACAUGGUCUUCAAGGUCAUCUUCUGGCUGGGAUACUUCAACAGCUGCGUGAACCCGAUCAUCUACCCUUGCUCUAGCAAAGAGUUCAAGCGAGCUUUCAUCAGGCUGCUCAAGUGCCAAUGCCGCCGGAGAAGGAGGCCCAUCUGGCGGGUCUACGACCACCACUGGCGAGGGGCCUCCAUGAACAGCUCCGGGCGAGACUCGGAGGCAGACCUGAGGCCCAGAAUUAGCACCCUGAACAGUUCGUUCAUAUUUAGCUCCUCCUUGCAGGAGAGAGCCACUAAGAGGAGAACACUCAGCUUCAAGGGCUGGAAAAUGCUCACACCAUUCCAGAAACCAGCAUCUACCCAGCUGAAGGAAAAGAUGAACAGCCUUUCUAACAAAAUCCGGGGUGGCUCCAGCAAAGGAGGGGUGACAGCCACCUACAAAACCGAGGUGGAGUCUGUUUCUAUUGGGAUCCCGCAUGACUUCACAGAAACCAUCGACUAUCAAACCUAUGACUUAACAGACUGCUGCGGGCUGAGAGAAACAGAUAUUUAAAGCCCCCGGGACAGCUGUGGAUGGUUUCUUUAGAGGUAUCUAGCAGAAACACAAAGGGAUGCCGUCUGUGGGUCUGUCAGGCAGACUGGAAGCAGCAAUUGGGUAUAAAACAUGGUCACCCAAAGGUUACACAAGCAUCCCCCACAGAGAGGUCAGCCCCUUCUCUGGGAUUAUGGGUUCCUCAAAUAAGAACCAGUGUCAUAUCCCAUUUUAAGGAGCCAUGGCAGAAGGGGAAGAAGUGAGGUGGAUAUGGCCUUAGGAAAAGAGCUGUUUCCUCCAAUGGGAUUGUUAUGUGUCUUUGGAAGAAAGUGUGCAAUUAAGGGAAAUCAGGAUGUCUCCUUUGCCUUAAAAACAACAUAAAAUACAAUAGAAAGACCAUACCCCAAAAGAUGCCAACCCUGCCUUAGCACAUGUGACCACUUUUCCUUCCAGACGUGGCAUCCAGAAAGGAGGCUGUCAAGUGGUAGCUGGCAGCUGCCCCUUUAGCCCAUGGGCUGGGAGCUGGGAGCUUGCAGGACUGGACAGGACCUCCAGCCCAGGUCUCCGCUCUCCGGAGCAAGAACGCUGUAGUGUUCCCAGGCAGGUUGGAGAGGACCAUGGCUCUCAGUUGUCGUGUCUGCAAUGACCACAGCUUUGCCAGGUCUGCACAGCCUGGCUUUAGGCCAGAACAGCUGUCCUGAUUUAUACACUGAUGCCAAUGGGUGUGUGGGUCUCUCUUCUCUGAUUCUAACUUAUGAUGCAUUUCACAUUUCACCUUUGAGUCCAAAAUGAACUAGCAAUCUGCCUUGCUCUAGUGCACUUCCCUCUGUAAUACAGAGAGAAAGCAAUUCCUUCUGAUGUCGGCCAUCCCGGGCCGCUUCUCUCCCCUUCCUACUCUCAAUUGCCAUCUCUCUCAAAUAAUAUUAAAUAAAGAUGUACCCUAGGGGUUCAGCUCAGGUCCAAACUCAACCUGCCCUAUGGCUCAGGAAAAAUGGGAUGGUUGAGUUUGGGGCCCAUUUCUACUGCUCAUAGAGUCAAAGCUAAAACGGAGCUGAAGUGCAGUGGGAGCUCCCUCGUGUAGACGCAUCUUGUCCCCAGUCAGGAUUAUAUCCAUGAUUCUUCUCCCAGGUGACUUCACACGUGCCUGACCUUGAAGCCUUUGGUGGCUAUCAGUAAUUGACCUUCUUUGUGUCUGCUAGCAUGGACAAAAACAAUGUGGAUAAGGGUUCCUUUUCUCCGCUCACAAUCCCAGAGUGCAAGCUCCCCGCAGGAAGGCACUGUGGCCUCCUCCCCGGGACAAUAAGGGGACAGAGCUGUGACAACACAGCCUACCCCGGCCAGGCUCACUGCACCUUGCGCUUUGCUGCUCGGAAAACUAGUUGCUCACGCCCUGCUCGGCCAUGCAUUUCAGGCACUGGUUUUAUCCCAUUCCAGACAGACAACGAGCCCAGGAGUUUCCACAACGUGUGAACAUUAGAUUUAGCAGUGAGCACAGGCCCGAGACACCCAGGUGCUGGAGGUGAGGCCUGGAUCGGAGGCGUAGCAUCUCAAGCCUAGUCUGCAAGGUAAAUAAAGAACAGGAACAUGAAGUACAGGGAUGGAGACAUGAUGCUUGAUCUGUCUUGGAUGGAAACUCACCCACGUAAGCACUGUCCCCAAAACCUAUUAGGGGUCUUUCAUGCAUGGGGCCUACAGCACAUGCAGCUACUCAUCCUAAGGGUGGCUAUCAAAAGAGAUGAAAGGCUCUUACUUUUCAAGGGAACAAGAGUGAUACAGUGCAUACUGAGACAUGGUAUCCUGAGUGGGUCCCGUCUCCACACCCAUAACACCCUUCUGCCCUUCACUCAAUGCAGUGGACUCUGAACUGGACAAAUUACUGCACAAACGCUUGCAGAUAUUGUCCAAAUAUUUUCCUCCCAGAAGCUAACCCCAUCAAGAAGCAGGGGCAGCGCUGCACUCUUGCUGAACCCAAGCUCAUUACUGCCUGCAUGUUCAGAAGUGGCAAGUGUUUGCAAAAGCAGCCAGAAAUUGCCAGCUUGCAAGGUUCAAGCCUACCAAAGCAAGGGCCCAAGACCCCUGUGGGGAAAAGCAUUUUUCUUUUGCUGUUUCUUUGGCCUUCAGGGGAAGCGAGACCCUGUGUGAUGAUGCGACACACAGAAAGUCACAGAAAGUCAUUUUGCAGUGUACGGACUGCUCCUGCCACUGGUUUGUGGACAAUUUUGGAUUUGGGUGCCCAUGCUGAUGGGAGAGCACAGCCACCAAUGGGGAUUCAGCGGGGAAGUCAUCAGGAGCGCUAGGAGAGGGCAGUUGCGGAAGAGCUUUCCUGGCCAGAGUGGAGAUGCCGGGAAGGACACCGGCGAGGUAAAAGGGUUGCUCCUCCUGCGCUUUGCCUUCCUCUCUGGAUGCACGUGCACGCGUAGUACCAUCAGAGGGAGUAAAUACACCCAGAGCAGCAUUUUUUGCCCCCUUCUGAUGACAACAUUUUGCAGGCCUGACACGUGCAAGUGUAAUGUAAGCAAUUUUGGGGCACAGUUUAGGAUGAGCUGAUGCAGACAUAAUCAGACCCUGAGAUUACUCACAAUGUUAACUGCACAAACAGAGGUGAAAGUCAGAUCAAGGGGAAGAUGGACAUCUGCCAUUAAAUGCUCUCUGAUGCCCUGGAGUGUUUUUAUCUGAUGUGUGUCAGCCUCGGUGGGAAUCCAGCCAGACAGCCAUAGUACAUGGCAACAUAUGUGCAUCCAUGACCAUCUAGAUACAAGUACACAUUUUGCUACACCUGUGUAUAUAAAGUCAUCUCCAAAAUGGCAGACCUUCUCCUAUAAAGCGGAGGCUUUGCAGGGGCUUUUCGCAACUGCUGGCAAGCAGUUUAUUCCCAAGGAGGAGCUGAAAUUAUUGCUUAGACUUCACCCUGAUCUUUUAAAUCUACUUCUUUCUUUUUUCCAAUUUUGAAAUAUUUACAUUUACAGCCUCCAGUCACUUGAAAGCAUCAGGAAGGGGAAGGAAGAUUAGUCUGGGGUUUUACUGCCUCUCCAUCCCAAUUCUUUACAGACCUACAGGGGAGAAAAAGAGGGUAAAGUCUGUUUAAGCACAUGUGUGUGUACACAGAUGUGUACACACGUACACAAAUGCCCAACGUCUAGUUCCUUUGCUUUCUGCCGCUGCAUCUGAGCCUGUGCUUGAUAGGGUCCCAAGGUUGCCCUAGUAUGUACUAUAGGAAAGGCUUGCACUCUGCUGUGCUGCAUUAAAGCAAAACAUCUGCUUCCCAUUAAACCCGGGGCCCCCCUUUCCCCUCGGCAGGGUGGUUUAGCAAAACGCAUCAGCGGAGGUGAUGUCAGGAUGGGACUGUGAAGCUGGAUGUGUAGAGCUCCACGCAGAGCAGAUUGGGACUGUGUUUGCUGGUGGGGGAAGAAAGGCAGUGUUGUGUGAAAUGUGACCUGGGUCUCUAGACCCGUGCGUUUCACUCCGAUUCCCUUGAUCUCAGAGCUCUCCCAGCUUUGGGAAAACGGGCUCAGACCUUCAGGUGGUAAAUUUGCUCUGAUCCCACUGGCUUCUCCGGACCCACAAUGGUGUGACCAGCUGAGGGUAUGGCCCCGUUUCUCCAAAUUUGCCAAGCAGGCCAUUUCCCAAAGCACCUGCGCCUGGGUUAUCCAGCAGCUCUUGCCUCAUCGUGCUGGCUUUCUGUGUCACUAUUGCAUCGCCAGACCUUGCUGCUUCAGCAAACCUAGUGCUAAGGGUGGUGAACAGUGGCUUUCAUGUCAGUAGACCCUCACGAGUCCUGUUCAAGGACGAAGGAAGACCCCUGUCAGCCUGAGCUGGACUGCAGUUGGGUUGCAUUACUAUUGUUUACAGUGUGUAUAUAAGUGUACAUUUUCUUUAGCAGACAUUGGAAUUUUUUAUGUAUAGAUUUUUAUUUUUCAUCCUCAGAUGUAUUUAUUAGUCAGAGUAUUUCUGUUUCGUGAUUCAAGUUAUGUUGGAUUGAUGUCAGCUCUAUGAAACAGAAUGCACAUAUUUUUGUUUGUUUGUUUGUACCAAAUACAUGCACAAACCUGUCUAAAACAUUGCCGUGAAUUGUCACUGUGUCUGAUUUGUAAAACAGGAGCUGUCGGGGC